CCCAGCCGCUUGUAAACAAUUGGGAACCGCAGAUCCAAAAUGACCGAAAUUUGUGCGGCUAUGGAGGCGCUGUUCCCCUGCCGGGAAGCUACUAUCGAAACACUGGGGGACCUGAUAGGAGACUGCGAAGACGUCUACCCUUCGGCCAUCUACCUCUUCGGACACAGUGGAACAGGAAAGACAUCCAUAACACGGGAGUUUCUCAGGGAAUGUGGCAGGAGGCAAAAGGUGAGGACCGCCCACUUGAACGCCAUCGAGUGCUACACCACGAAGAUCAUGCUGGAGAACCUAUUGGAUUCGUUAGCUUCCGGGCAAGGUCCCAUCAAAGCCGACAACAUGCUGGAUUUUGUGGAGCAACUGCGACGGUGGCACGACGAUCCAGAGGGACUUUCAGAAGGCUUCCUCAUUGCCGUGGAUAACGCAGAACGCCUCCGAGACAUGGACGCUAAUGUUUUGCCGGUGCUUCUUCGAUUGCAACAGCUCACCAAACUUAAUCUGUGUGUUAUUCUCAUGUCGCAAUUACCCUUUGAGAAGUUCUACAACAAAACUGGUCUGAGCGAUGUGAUCAUUCUCCAUUUGGCCCAGUAUAACAAGGGAGAGACUCAGCGGAUCCUGGCAUCUGAUUUUUCCCAGAUGCGUGGUAAUUUAAUUAAAAAAUAUGCCAAAGAACAUGAUCGCUUAGAGAUAUUCAAGGAGGUCAUGACCGAGGACUUCUACAAUAACUAUAUGAACAUAUUCCUCAGCGUUUUUUACAAAGCAUGUCGGGAUUUACCAGAGCUUCAAUUAACUGCAAGGAAAUGCUUUUCAAUCUACUUGGAGCCUGUGCUGGAUGGCAGUGUAGAGGCUACAGACAUAUCCCGCCUUUGGCGACAUAUCGCAGGUCCUCUUCGAUCGGCUCUUACACAAAUCUACAUGCGCAUUGAAAAGCCACUAGACGAGGCUGAAGGUUCGACCAACUUAGAGGAUCAGAGUGUCCGUAAAAUGGCCCAGUCGCUGGAACUGCCGUACUAUGCCAAGUAUCUGCUGAUUGCUGCAUUCCUAGCCAGUCACAAUGCCGCGAAUCAGGACAAGCGUCUCUUUGUCAAGCACCACGGGAAACAGCGCAAGCGAAUGCAGACUGUUAACGCCAGAGCGAAGACCACCGAGAAAAUGUCAACAUUUGUGGGUCCUAAAUCCUUUAGCAUCGACCGUCUUCUGGCUAUUUUCUACGCUAUUCUCGAGGAGAAAGUGGGUUUAACAUGCAAUCUUCUAUCCCAGAUCUCAACCUUGGUCCACCUCAAACUGCUUAGCUUUGUCUCCGGCGAGCAGAACAUUAUGGACGGCUCCGCUCGGCUGGAGUGCACGGUGGGUUUGGAGUUUGUUCUUCAGAUCGGAAAGGUGGUGGGCUUUAAUGUCCGUCAAUACCUCUGUGACUUUAUGUAAUGUUAAAGUUUAAGUUUAAUCUUUUCUGAAUAUAUUCAAUAAAUAGUCUGGUACAUCGCUGA